UAUCAAAAUUUGAUGUAUCAUUCCGUCGUAAAGAGGUUCUGCAGUUUCAAGUUUAGUUCAGUUAAAAUUUUAGUUCUAUUCCCACAAUGUCCACGGUGAACAAGGAAAUGCCACUGUACGAUCUGGCCCAACAGGAUUACCACGUCCUGGAGGAAAUGAUUUCCACAAAACCCUCGUUGAUAACGCAGAAAGAUUCGAACGAUCGCUUCCUACUGCACUGGGCAGCCCUGCGUGGCCGCGAACUGAUGGUGGAGGAACUGCUAAAGAAGGCACCGGAACAGUUGGACGCCGAGGACGACACCAGUGCGACGCCGCUAAUCCUGGCGACGUUGGGCGGUCAUCUGAGCACGGUUCGACUGCUGGUGGCGAAAGGUGCCACCGUUAAUCAUCGCAACUGGCAGGGCCACUCGUCGCUGCAGUACGCCUGCUCCAAAGGACACCUGGAGAUUGUGAAGCAUCUGCUCGAACAGGGUGGUGCCGAUGUUAAUGUGGUGGAUAAACGCAACGAUACUCCACUGCAUCGGGUGGCAUCGCAGGGGAGGGUGGAGAUUUUGAAAUACCUACUGGAACGUUCAGCCGCAGUUGAUGUGCAGAAUGCCGAAGGCAAUACGCCGUUGCAUUUGGCCUGCGAGGAUGAACAGACGGCUUGUGCACUGCUGUUGGUUGAACGUGGUGCCUCCGGCACCGUACACAAUAAGGAGCAGAAAACGCCGCUUGACCUGGCAAAGCCAGGCUUGCGGCGAAAUUUAAAAACAAAGCUAGGAAUAAGUGAUUAA